CCCUACAGACGAUCGCAAAAUGGCCGCAGAUAAUGUUACUGAUUCCUACGACCUUCCCAUCACCAGCGACUACUAUGAUGACGACUACUUGUCAUACUAUGCCACCUCUGCUGGCGAAGAGGAUCUGGUAACUCCAUGCUUUGAAGAGGAUGACGAGUCGCAGAUCCUGUCGGGCUGUCAGACGGCGUUCUACAUCCUGGUCUUUCUGGUGGGUGUGCCGGGCAACUCUCUGGUCGUGGCCACCUUCGCCCGCUACUGGCGCGCCCGUCUGCGCAGCCUGACGGAUGCUUUCCUCCUCCACCUGGCGCUGUCGGACCUGCAGCUGCUGCUCACGUUGCCCCUGCAGGCGGGGGAAGCGCUGCGUGGCGAGUGGCCCUUCAGCAGCGCCCUCUGCAGGGUGAACAGGGGACUGCGGUCAGUGAAUACCUACAGCGGCCUGCUGCUGCUAGCCUGCAUUAGCGCCGAGCGCUACAGCGUGGUGGUGCUCCGCUCGGGGGCAACGCGUCGGAGGAAGACCGGUGGUGGAUGCUGCCGUCGUCGGGUGAUGGUCCAAGCUGUCAUCGCAUGCCUGACCGUGGCAAUAACCGCUAUCGCCCUGAGCGCCCCUGACUUCCUGUUCUCCGAGGUGGAGAACAGUAACGGCAUGUGCGGCCUGAACGUGUGGGUGGAUAGCGCCAGCUCACAGGUCAAGCUGGCCCUGACCGGCUCCAUGAUCGCCGGCUUCUGCGUGCCCUUCGCCGUCAUGGCCACCUGCUACACGGCCAUCGGCUGCGUCCUGGCGCAAGGUCGGCGCACGGCGCGCGGGCAUUGCUGGCGGCGGCAACGGACACUCCGCCUGAUGGUGGCGCUGGUGUUCCUCUUCCUGCUCUUCCAGCUGCCCUACACGCUGGUGCUGGGCCUGAAGCUGAUGGACGCCUGGCGCUCCUGCAGCUUCCUGCUGUGGGAGAGCGCCACCUGCAGUCUGGCCUACACGCGCUGCUGCCUCAACCCCGUGCUCUACGCUCUGGUCGGCGUGCGCUUCCGCAACGACGUGCUGAGGCUGCUGCACGAGGCUGGCUGCCUCUGCCUCUCCGCCUCGCGGCUGUCCCUCGACCCCGACAGCGGCAGCUCGAUCUCGCGGUCCUCGGCACCCCCCACCACCACACUGCUGUCACCGAAGUCGCCCACACCCCUCCUGACGCCGCCAGACAUUGCAGAAACUGACGUGGGCAAAGUGUUUGUGUAUCCAAGCCUUUCUUCUACUCACACCUGACUGUGUUAAGUCCAUAUUAUCUUCUCAGAACUGACCCACGCAUAAGUGCCUCACUCACCAUUCACCUCUCCCGAACACGGGCUACCCCUGUGAAAAAUAUCAUUCAAAAAUUGUAAGUUCCUCUCAGAGCACACACAGCUCACACAUUCCUUUCCAGACGCUUGUGUUUCAUUCAGCUGCCCACUGUUCCACAUGCAGGGCCUCUGACCACAUGCUCACAUCACUGGACUUAAAGCUGCAGUUGGCAAGUCUGACAGAUU